ACUGCGUGAUACCUGCGUGCUACCUCCCUGCGGUUCUCAAAUCCAGUGUGAGUUUCCCAACCGAAGUGGCUUUUCAGAAACAUGAAUAGCACCUUUGUGGUCUCCCAGUGUGGUGGGUCCUGGGAGAUAAUGUGGCUCAAUUCUUGUUGAAGGAAGCCCAGGUUUGUGACAUCAUGGUCACCAAGCAUGGUGGAGGGCUCAUGUAAUCAAAGAAGUUUCUUUGUUGUGUGUAUCUUUACAGAACACAACAGGAAUUGAAAAUGAAUCAGAACACUGCUGAGCCUGUGGCAGCCACGGAGUCCCUGGCUGAGGUGCCGGAACACGUGUUGCGAGGACUUCCUGAGGAAGUGAGGCUCUGCCCAUCUGCUGUGGACAAGAGCCGGAUUGGUGUCUGGGCCACUAAGCCAAUUUUGAAGGGCAAAAAGUUUGGGCCAUUUGUUGGUGAUAAGAAAAAAAGAUCUCAGGUUAAGAAUAAUGUAUACAUGUGGGAGGUCUAUUACCCGAAUCUGGGCUGGAUGUGCAUCGACGCCACUGACCCGGAGAAGGGGAACUGGCUGCGCUAUGUGAACUGGGCUUGCUCAGGAGAAGAGCAGAAUUUGUUCCCACUGGAGAUCAACAGAGCCAUCUACUAUAAGACUUUGAAGCCAAUCGCGCCGGGCGAGGAGCUCCUGGUCUGGUACAAUGGGGAAGACAACCCCGAGAUAGCAGCUGCGAUUGAGGAAGAGCGAGCCAGCGCCCGGAGCAAGCGGAGCUCGCCCAAGAGCCGCAAAGGGAAGAAAAAGUACCAGGAAGGUAGAAACAAAGGCAGCAAAGGCCAGGACGUGGAACUGAAGACGAGCGAGCCAGACCCCAGCUCUGCAAGUAUGAGAGAUCGCACAGAAGGCCCAAAGGAAGAGGAAGAGAAGCCCUCGGCCUCGGCACCUGAGCCCCCGGCCAUCCUUGUGGAGGUGGCUUGUCUCGAUGUGCUUCCAGAACAAGCCGUCCCUCCCCCCGCCUGUGAGCCACAGCCAGAGCCAGUCAAGAAGCUAGAAGCCACAAACUGUGAUGUGCAGGAUUUGGAAGAAGAGGAGGAGGAAGAAGAGGAAGAAGAGGAGGAUGAGGAGUUGGAGGAAGAGGGGGAGGAAGAAGCUGACCUGCCAAAUGAAAGUUCUGGGCAAGAGCCAGAGAUACGGUGUGAUGAGAAGCCCGAAGAUUUAUUAGAAGAACCAAAACACAGUUCAAAAGAAACUCUUGGAGACGCUGCAGAGGCAGCACCUGUUAGCAGAGCCCCCCAGGCCAGGGAAGAGGUGGACGGCGAGGUGCUGGGGGUGUUCAUGUUCCCGUGCCAGCACUGUGAGCGCAAGUUCACGACCAAGCAGGGCCUUGAGCGGCACAUGCAUAUCCACCUGGCUGCAGUCAGCCAUACCUUCAAGUGCAAGUACUGUGGCAAAGCCUUUGGCACCCAGAUCAACCGGCGGCGGCAUGAGCGGCGGCAUGAGGCGGGACUCAAGCGGAAGCCCAGCCUGACACAGCGGCCACCGGAGGACCUGGCUGACGGCAGAGGGGCUGGAGAUGGUGCUGCCCCCACGCAAGAGGCACAGCCUCCCAGACUGGGGCAGGACGGGCUGUCCCUGAACGCGGAGAAGGCUGCUCAAGAGACAGUGAACUCCUCCGCAGUAGAAGAAAACGGGGAGGUCAGAGAGCUGCAUCCGUGCCAGUAUUGCAAGAAAGUCUUUGGAACUCACACCAACAUGCGGCGGCACCAACGCCGGGUCCAUGAGCGGCACCUGAUUCCCAAAGGGGUGCGCCGGAAAGGAGGCCUCCUGGAGGAACCCCAGCCUCCGGCUGAGCCGGCCCCGCCCCAGGCGGCCGUCUACGUCCCCAGCACAGAGCCCGAGGAGGACGGGGAGGCGGACGACGUGUACAUCAUGGAUGUUUCCAGCAACAUCUCGGAGAACCUGAACUACUACAUCGAUGGGAAGAUCCAGACCACCAGCAGCACCAGCAACUGUGAUGUGAUCGAGAUGGAGUCCAACUCGGCAGAGCUGUUUGGUAUCAACUGCCUACUCACGCCGGUCACGGUGGAGAUCACGCAGAACAUAAAGCCCACGCAGGUCUCUGUGACGGACGACCUUCCUAAAGAGCCUUCCGGCAGCACCAACUGUGAAGCCAAGAAGCGCAGGACGGCAAGUCCUCCUGCGCUACCCAAAAUCAAAGCCGAAGUGGACGCCGAGCCCGUGGCACCCUCAUGCUCUCUGUCUCUGCCUCUUGGUGUGUCAACCACAGAGGCAGUGUCUUUCCAGAAAGAGAGAAGUGUGUACUUACCGUCUAAGCUCAGACAGCUGCUUCAGACCCAGGAGGAGCUGACCCCCACCUCCGGGCUGUCAGCCACAGAAAUCCCCCAGUUUGGCCCCGUCUGUGUGUCUGCCCCUGCGUCCAUGCUGCCUGUGACCUCGAGCAGGUUCAAGCGGCGGACCAGUUCUCCUCCCAGCUCCCCACAGCACAGCCCUGCCCUGCGAGACUUUGGAAAGCCAGGUGAUGGCAAAACGGUGUGGACGGACGCGGUUCUCACUGCCAAGAAAGCCAAACUGGAAAGUUGCAGCGACUCACCCGUGUGGAGUGUGUCCACAAGAGAGGAGAGGGAGGCUGGGACACCUCCGUGCUUUGAGGAGUACAAAAUCCCCAAAGAAUGGGCAGCCAGCUCCACUUUCAGCAGUGUGUGCAACCAGCAGCCCCUGGACUUAUCCAGUGGCAUCAAACAGAAGGCUGAUGGGGCGGGCAAGACCCUCGUGCCGUGGGAGUCUGUUUUAGAUCUCAGUGUGCAUAAAAAGCCUUGUGACCCCGAAGGCAAGGGACCCAAAGAAAAUCACACAGCGCAGCCCAUGUGUAGUGCCAGCAAGAAAAAGAAGCCGACCACCCGCAUGUUGCAGAGGGUACUUCUCAACGAAUACAGUGGCGAGGACUCAGCGGCCGACGGUACUGCCAGUGCUGCCGGUGCUGCCAGCGCUGCCAGUGCUGCCGGGAGCCUGAAUCCCUGUGGGUCCCUCGGGGCCCAGCCAGAGCCCGAGCUGGGCCCCGACUCUGGCUUCUCUACGCCUCCUGCUGAGCCCCCACCUGAUGUGUGCCCGUCAUCGCCAGCCCCACAGGCAUCUUCUGUCCCCUCGGGUCAGCUGCCUCCUCUGCUGACGCCCACAGACCCCUCGUCCCCUCCGGCCUGCCCUCCUGUGCUGACUGUCGCCACUCCGCCCCCUCCCCUACUUCCUACGGUUCCCCUGCCAGCUGCCCCUUCCGGCGCAUCCCCUCAUCCUUGUCCCUCUCCACUCUCGAGUGCCACCACACAAUCUCCACUUCCUGUUCUGUCCCCGACAGUGUCCCCCUCGCCUUCCCCUGUCCCUCCCACAGAACCUCUCAUGACUGCCGCUUCGCCUGGGCCUCCGACGCUUUCCUCCUCCUCCUCGUCCUCCUCUUCCUCGUCCUCCUCCUCUUUCUCUUCCUCAUCUUCCUCCUCUUCCCCUUCCCCGCCCCCUCUCUCGGCUGUGUCAUCUGUCGUAUCCUCUGGUGACAACCUGGAGGCUUCCCUCCCCCUGAUAACUUUCAAACAGGAGGACCUGGAGGGUGCUGGGCCAAAGACCAGGGACGAGCCGCCGGCCACGCCAGAGCAGACAUUCAGCAAGAACUUUGUUUGCAAUGUCUGUGGGUCGCCUUUCCUUUCCAUCAAGGACCUCACCAAACACUUAUCUGUUCACGCUGAAGAGUGGCCCUUCAAAUGUGAAUUUUGUGUGCAGCUUUUUAAGGACAAAACAGAUCUAUCAGAACACCGCUUUCUGCUUCACGGAGUAGGGAAUAUCUUCGUGUGUUCCGUUUGUAAAAAAGAGUUUGCUUUCCUGUGCAAUUUGCAGCAGCACCAGCGGGACUUGCACCCGGAUGAGGUGUGCACACACCAUGAGUUUGAGAGUGGGACCCUGCGACCGCACAACUUCACAGACCCAAGCAAGGCCCACGCCGAGCACAUGCGGAGCCUGCCGGAGGAGCCCUUAGAAGCCACUAAAGACGAGGAGGAGGAGCUGAACGAUUCCUCUGAAGAGCUUUAUACCACCAUAAAAAUCAUGGCCUCUGGGAUCAAGUCGAAAGAUCCAGACGUGCGGUUGGGCCUCAAUCAGCAUUACCCCAGCUUUAAGCCGCCUCCCUUCCAGUACCAUCACCGCAGCCCCAUGGGCAUCGGCGUGACAGCCACCAGCUUCACCACCCACAACAUCCCGCAGACGUUCACCACCGCCAUCCGCUGCACCAAGUGCGGCAAAGGGGUCGACAACAUGCCUGAACUCCACAAGCACAUCCUGGCCUGCGCCUCUGCAAGUGACAAGAAGAGGUACACCCCAAAGAAAAACCCGGUGCCGCUGAGGCAGACCAUGCAGCCCAAGAACGGCGUGGUGGUGCUGGACCCCCCUGGGAAAAAUGCCUUCCGACGAAUGGGGCAGCCCAAGAGGCUCAACUUCAGCGUGGAGCUCAGCAAGGUGUCGUCUAGUAAGCUCAAGCUGAACGCUCUGAAGAAGAAGAACCAGCUGGUGCACAAGGCCAUCCUGCAGAAGAACAAGUCGGCCAGGCGGAAGGCCGACCUGAAGGGCGCUGCCGAAGCAUCCCCACACAUCUGCCCGUACUGCAGCCGGGAGUUCACCUACGUGGGAAGCCUCAACAAGCAUGCUGCCUUCAGCUGCCCCAAAAAACCCCUCUCUCCUUCCAAAAAAAAAGCUUCCCAUUCCGCCAAGAAGAGUGGACAUUCAUCGCCUGCAGGGAGCGACAAGAACAGCAGCAACCACCGCCGACGGACAGCCGACGCCGAGAUCAAGAUGCAGAGCACGCAGGCUCCGCUGGGCAAGACCCGCGCUCGCAGCUCGGGUCCCACCCAGGUACCGCUACCCUCCUCCUCCUCCUCCUUCAGGUCCAAGCAGAAUGUCAAGUUCGCCGCUUCUGUGAAGUCUAAGAAACCAACCUCAUCGUCUUUAAGGAACUCCAGCCCAAUCAGGAUGGGUAAAAUAAGCCACGCGGAGGCCAAAAAGCCCAGGGCUGUGGCCAAGAGUCACUCUGCGCAGCUCUCCAGCAAGGCGUCCCGCAGUCUGCACGCAAGGGCGCAGAAGAGCAGAGCUGUGUUACAGAGCGAGGCCGCCCUGGCGAGUAAGAAGCGAACAGAUCGCUUCACCGUGAGAUGCAGGGAGCGCAGCGGUGGGCCCGUCACCAGGAGCCUUCAGCUGGCAGCUGCUGCCGACUCGGGUGACAGCAGCAGAGAGGACGGCAGUGCCAGGCAGGAGCUGAAGGACUUCAGGAACUUCCUGUAGAAAAGCCCCCAAAACAAAACAAACCUUAACUGACUAAAAGCUAUUGCAUGCUCAACUUAGGAUAAGCACUACGGCAAGGACGCGGACCCAGCUUGCAAGACCAGCGGAAGCUGCCUCAGAAGCCUGGCGUGGCCCAGGCCUGCAGGCUGCUGGUCGCCUGCUAGGGCCAGGCUCCGCUGCUUCGGUGGCGCGCAGCCCACGGGGCUUCGAGACCCAAAGAGGUGGGCACUGGCCAUGAGCCGCCGGGCUCACCGCUGCGCUCCUCGUCUCGGGACUGCUGAGAUCUGAGUGUGGCCCUUGUUUUUGGCACACAGCAGAGAAAGGAAGAUUGGGACUAACCUUACAGAGCAAGCUCUCAGUUUUGUCGGUAGUUUGUCGUAGAUUUCAGGGAUGACAUUCGGAUGCACUCAUUUUAAAAUGUUUUGGUCACACACCAGCUCUUGAUGCCUUUCUUUUAAAUGACUUAUAGACAGAGAGAAGCGUUUAGCUGACCUCCGGCCCGGUUGCUUUUUUAUCACGAGCAGAUUGCCAGCGUCGCGGAGAGGGACCCAGGCGGGCUCCCUGGACCGUUUUUACGCCUCUUCUCCAAGCGUCCUGUCGGUAUGUCCACAGGGACCGCUGUAGCCUCUCAGCUGUUACCUGGCACUGAUCUGUAACUAUGAUAUUAUCAGAGACUAUGUAGCAAUAUAUCAAUGCACAAGACGUGCCCCAGGCUGUGCAGCAGCUGUGUGUCUACACGGGAGUACAAGUGCAUUUACACAGCAGGUUUUACACUUCACUCUUAGCACGAGGUGAAAACCAACCAGCCGUUGGCCUCUUGCUAAGGGCCGAGUCUCCUUCCUUCAUGCGCUUUGAUGCCUCUCCCCUGGCCCCUCCAUGACUGAGUUGGUGAGAAAUGGCUAGGUUUUAUUCAUGUUCUUUGUUCUCAACUCUAAAAGUAAUCUACCUCUUGAAAUUUGUAGUUUAAUAUUUGUUUGGUGAGUUUGUGCCACUUUAACCCUUUCACUGUCAUUCCCAUUUUGUUACAUUUCUGUUAUGGGGACUUUAUGUUGAAAUACUGUAUAAAACAUUUGUAGCCGUUUAAAAAUAAAAUAUUUAAAAUUAUUUAAAUUGUUUUGGACGCUUCAAUUGUAUGUGAUUUACAUUCUGCAUUUUUUGUUGGCGUUGUUAACCUGGAGUGUUUCUGUAUCAAAGUUUGCUGUCAGUUAUUUUAUUGCUUCUUGUUGGAGAGUGCUCUAAAAGACUAUUCUAAUGAAAACAUUAAAAUUUACAAUUGACAUACAAAAGGGGUUGUCCGUUGAUUUUAACCAAUGUAGCCUUAGGGAGGGAGAGAGAGAGAGAGAGAAAGAAUUAACAAUAUAGACAAGAGUGCUUGGCUCUUUUUCCCAUUUUGGCAGGAAAUAAAUUAGCAGAGCUUGUCAGAUGUAUUUUUUAAAAA